AUGACGCUGCCAGAGAGUGUCAGUGAGGAGGAGGAUGAGGAUGAGGCGGGUGAGGGCGAGGAGGGUGAGGAGAAUGAGGGGAGCGGGGAUGACAGUGAGGAGGGGUGGGAUCCCGAGAAGCAUGGUGGUGGGGAAGGGAGGGAUGAUGAUGAGGAUCAUGAGAUGGAUGAUUUAGAGCCAGAAGAGGUGCAGGAGGCGGUGGGGGAGGAGGUGGGAGAGGGGGGUGGAGUAGGGGCGGCGACAGAGGCGGGAUCACAGCAUGUGGCUGAAGGUGGAGGGAGCGUGGGGGUUAAGGUGGGGAGAAAGCCCGCGUCCUUGGCGGGUCCGAGGGUUAGGAAGAAGGCCAACAAAGUGAGGGAGCGGGCGUAUCCCGCCACGUUCACUGGGGAGCCCUUGGGGGAUGGUGUGAUCGCUCCGGAGUUCCUAGACGAGGACGGAGGGUCAGAGAGUAGUAAGGGGACUGGCAAGGGGAGUAAGAAACCGGGGUGGCAAGUUAUGAUGUUCGGACCGAAAGGGGCAGACGAGAAGCGCCCGUGCAAAAUUUGCACAGACAGGAUUUCGUGGAAGCAAUCCACAACCACACCCGGCGAGCGGCACUUCGCGAGCUUUCACACCGCGCACAUGCACGUGUGGUUUCACCGUUACCACACGCCGUCCAUUCAGUUGCCAGGGGAGACGUUUCCGCGUGGGGGCUACAAGGGUGUGCCGGAUGGCUACGUCGAACGGUGGCCGCAUGCCAAGACUUGGCCGCACCUGGCCAAGCAGAAAGGGAAGGCGUUUGGUGGAGGUCAGGGGUCAGGCGGGAUCGAGCGGUUCAUGACAACCAAGCUGACCUCUGUGGAGCUACGGCAGGCGAUCGCCAAGCUCGUGGUCACCUGCGACCUCCCCUUCCGCAUCGUCGAGGCCGAGGCUUUUCGGGAGCUUUUGAUCCUCCUAAACCGCAACUGCGCGCAGAAGAACUUCAUCCCCUCGCGCUGGACGGUUUCCCGCGACACUGUGGUCUAUGCAGCUGCCGCACUCCAGUCAGCCAUUGCGGAGAUGCUGGCGAAGGAGGGGGAGUUGGGGUGCAGGGUGUCGUUCACCAUCGACAUGUGGACGGCACCCAACAACAGGGCAUGGCUAGUGGUGACUGGUCACUGGGUAGACGAGAACUUCCAGCUGCGCACAAUGGUGUUUGAGUUCCGCGAGAUUCACGGGCGGCACACGGGCAAGCAGAUGGCGAGGGUGGUAGAGGAGACGGUGGUGCAUUGGGGGUUGGAAGGGCGCUGUCUUGGUUUCACCUCAGACAACGCCUCUAGCAACGUUGCUGCAUUCAGGUGGAUGUCGGAGGAGGGAGGUGGUCAGUGCUUCUUCAACUCGCGCAUGCACUUCCGGUGCUUGGCACACGUGAUCAACCUUGCAGUGAAGGCAGCUCUCGCAGUGGCUGCCAUCCGCAAGUUGUUGCGGAUUCUGAGAGAGAUGGCGUCGUGGAUUGGCUUCUCUCCGCAGCGCUCAGGGAAGUUCUUGGGCCUUCAGCGGACCCUGAACGCGCAGGCCAACCCCGCCAAACCGAAGCCGGCGUUGAAGCUGGUGCAGGACAGUCCCACGCGCUGGGGGUCGACCCACGACAUGGUCGAGCGAGCUGGGGUUCUGCAGGAACCCAUCACUGUCUUCUUUGCCCAGACAAAGGGACUGUCGAAGGCUGACAAGGCGAAGGCUGACAAGGCGAAGGUGGAUAGCCUGCGCCUAACGGACGCAGACUGGGAGACUCUGCAUGCUGUCAAGACGUUCCUCAGCCCAUUCGCAAAAGUCUCAAAGGCGGCGGAGGGUGCGGCGUACCCUACAGUGGCGAUGGUGCUGCCGUACUACAACGGCCUGAUCGACGCUAUGGAGUCGCGCCUUGCCAAGGGGCCAUCGGCUACGCUGAAGCCGAUGAUUGAGGCAGCGCUGGGUCUCUUGAAGAAGUAUGAACUGAUGUCCAGCAACGAGUUGUGGAUCGCCACCUUCCUGGACCCUUCCAUGAAGGCGGCGUGGUUCGACGACCCGCACUGGGAGACGCUGCAUCCCGAGACCGACCGGAGGGCGAGGCCGCGUCCCACGUCAGGCGAGGUGAUCCAGCUGGUACGCGACCGCGUGACCGAGUACCAGGCCCGGGCUGCAGCGCUUGCACCUCGGCCGACCCCACUUGCCACUGUGACGGAGGAGGAGGAGGGGGACGCGGCGGAUGACGACGAAGACGCGCAGUUUCUCCCGAGUCGCCGACGACUAGCGGCGCGUCUGUCAGCGAGCCAGGAGGCGGGGAGGGGUGGGAUGGUGCAGGAUGACGAGGUUAGCAGGUACUUAUCUGAGAGGGUGCGGUGCGACGUGUCAGCGCUGGAGUAUUGGCGCACCGCCACCAACAUGCAGACGCUGAGGCGCAUGGCCCGGGAUUAUCUCGCCAUCCCUGCCACGUCCACUUCGAGCGAGCGCGUGUUCUCCCUCGGCCGCAACCUCAUUUCCUGGAAGCGGCACCGCCUGGCCUCUCAGAGGACGCGAGCUGUCAUGAUUCUCAAAUCAUGGUACAGAUCACACCCUGGACAGAGGAUAGGCGAGGGCCGCCGUGCAAAGGGCGUCGCACCGCCAGAGUUCGCCAUUGAAGGCGAGGGGGAGGAGGAGGACGACGAGGAGGAGGAGGAGGGGGAGGAGGAGUGGGAGGAGGAGCAGGAGGGGGUGGGUGCUGGCGACACCGCUGGCGGGGAGCAGGCUGUUGUUGCUUCCAAGAGAAAGGCACAGGGGCAGGAUUGCAUCCGACUUCCCUCUGAUCCAUGUGGCCUCCUGGGCGCGGGAGUGGAACCACAUCAUCCACCCUGGCUUUACUCUGAUUGUCCCCCGGACCCCCUCCCCUCCCCUCUGCCUUCCAGCUUCCGAGACAAGGGCACAGGAGCAAGACUGGCCGAUUCUGACCUGCCUCUGAUUCUCUUUGGCCUCCUGGGCGCCGGAGUGGGGACCACAUCGUCCACGCUGGCAUUUGCCGUCCACAUGCUGACUCAGCACCCGGACGUUUCACGGAAGCUUCAGGCUGAAAUCGACAGGUCUUUAUUUAAAGGCUUAGAAGUGCUUAAGUAUCUUGAUAUGGUUGUAAAAGAAACACUUAGGCUGUACCCUGCUGCCCCUAUAGCUGCCCGGCUGCCCGUCCAUGCAACGACUCUGGCUGGUUACCACAUCCCUGCGAAUACACCCGUUGUGGUCCCGAUUUUCGCUGCCCACCGCUGCCCGGAUUUCUUCCCCCGGCCGCUUUCUUUUCUGCCCGAACGUUUCGUAUCUGACACCCCAUAUGCUUCCAGACGUCUCAACGCAAGUGAGACUGACGCUGAAGAAAGGGGAAGGAAACGGGGAGGGAGUGAGGAUGCGGAGGAGGGAAGCAAAUGGGGCAGUGCGAGCAGCAAGACAAGGGUGGAUAGCAGCAAGUUGCCUUUGGAAUCUGGGUUGAACCUUUGGCCGAAAGACGGCAGAGGAGAGGAGGGCAUCAGACAGAGUGCAAGCAGCAAGACAAGGGAGGAUAGCAGCAAGCUGCCUUUGACCCUAGCACCCCGAGGUACUGCUGGAUGCAGUGCGGUUCUACCACCUGCCUUUGCGGGUCAGGAGGUCCUGGUGGGUGGUAGAACCGCCCACCUGAUGGUGGUGUGGUUGGUGCGCUCUGUGGGGGGCUUUCACCUGCCGCUGCCCGCGCCUGCGCCCGUCGGCUGGGCUGAUGGAAGUGCUGUAUGA